GUCACUGUUUGUAAUGAAAUAGAUAUGAUCACAUGCAUAUCAGUGAACACAGAGCAAUAUGCUUCAUUCUUUCAUAUACAUAGUUGUCUUUGUAUUGUGCAUAUAUUAUUGUUGAAGCACAAGAAAACAAGUAAUCACAAUUGGAACGGUUGAAAUUUGAAUUCAUCACUGGCAGGUUUUGGUAUCAAUCAUUCACUAAUCACAAUGCCACCCUUUUCUCUAGUGACAUUGGUCAUUACCACACUAUUGGUCCUAUCAUCCAAAGGAUGUACUGCUUGUAAAUGCAUUCAGAUAGCUGAUGAAUCCAAGAUAUGCCUCUCUGACUUUGCUAUCUCUGGCACUCUUCUAGAGACGAACUCAAUAGUUGGAACAAACUCAUCCCACGACGACCUGAUCGACUACCGUGUCUCCGUCGGUAAUGUACAUCGUAGUUCUCGAACACUUCCUUCUGAGAUGACCAUCCGUACAGAAACACAUACAUGUGGAUUCACCGACCUCCAGACCAACAGAACUUACUUCAUCGCUGGACAAAUUCAAGAUGGACUGUACAGAAUCAACCGUUGUUCAUCAGUGGUGGCUAAAUACGGUCCAGACAACGUCCCUUAUCGUUACUCUGAUGUAAAGGUCAAUGUCAAUGUCACAUGUCCCAUAGAGGAGGAGGAGGAGGAGAAUAAAGAAAAGGAAGAGGAUGAUGGUGACAACUCAGCUGUUCUUUCAACAUCUAAUUUUGGUCUUCUGACUUUCUUAGUUUUGUGUGCCGGGAUUUUGAAGAAAUUCUAGAUCGACCGUCAUGAUCAUCUUGAUAGGACCACAAAAAUCUAAUUAAUUGUUUUACUUUUAAUGUGUUUUCCCGAGGUAGCUGUAUAUCAGCAGUAGGGGAAGGGGUGUGAGUGCCCUUAUAUCUCUUCAAGUUGUGAAAAAAAAAGGAAAACAGGUGGAAAUAGAAUAAAGAAGAGGAUAUAAAAUAGGCUAGGUAACUUUGUGAUUGCAAAAUAAUAUGACGUCACAUAUAGGUCGGUUUGCCACCCUAUCAAUAAUCCUGGCCCUGUCUCGAGGUUUUAAUACAGUAUAAGAAUUGCCGAAUCAAAGACAAAUUAAUUAACAACCGUGAUAUGCCCUACAUUUUACUCCCGAGUCAUCGCAAUAUCUAUAUAUCAUGAUUGAUGAAUAUUAUCAUGCUGUGUAGGACACAGAUUCUGGCUGUUACCAAUGCAUUGUAUUGAAAUCUAUUUUAACAUUUACCAGGGUUUUUUUUAUUCGAAAUGUGAUCUUUUAAAAGACCAUCUAUGGCCAAACAAUGUAUUCUGAUUAAACACGCAAUUGAACCACACAAAAAGUUUGAGAAAAAUCAAAAUAUUAUGAUAAACGCUUCUCUCUCUAUUUGCCCCCUCCCCCCAAAAAAAUGUUUUGGGAUAUAAAGUAUAUAUAGGGCCUAAUCAAAGAAUGAAAGAAAUAAAUAAAAACUCAAAAUAUAGGUAAGUGCAUGUUUAGAGAGAAAAAGGGAAUGAAAAUUAUUUUGCCUAAAUUAAGAAAUCGGAAAUUUGUAUUUUUUAAAGAAUGUUUUAUUUUGUAAUACUGUACUUAUUUUACUUUAUAUCCACAAUGCUAUAUAGGCAUGGGUAUACCUGUUCGUCGAUUGUAGUCUCUCCUCUGGUGGUAGUACACUAUCCAUUAAAUUGAUUAUAAGUGUAUUUGGUUAUCUUAAUCCUACAAACUUAUAACAAACAUGCAACAUGCACCGACAUUAUAUCUGACUUAGCCUUGCAGUAAACAAUUGUGAUCGGAACAUUUAGAUUCAUCGUGGUAAACAAAGUGAAAAUUGUUCUUGUAAUAUCAUUUUUUUCAACAGGAGUUGUGAAAAAAAUCAAUUAAAUGGUUAAAAAAACUAUUGAU